UGUUGAGCAGCCUCGUCGUCCGCCCUUCCCACAACGAGGCUGCCGCCGGUGGCCGCGCCGCUGAUUUCGAGCCCGGCGAACUCCACCGGGAUCAUCCUCCUCCCUAUUCUCGCUCUGACCGAUAUUCCGAUGAGCCUGCUCUGAUGUUGCUUGCAAGAUCCUGGGCCUUCGGGAAGGCUUGUUACCAUGAACUCCACUUUGGGUCAUAUUCUGAGAUUUUUAUAAUAUAGAAGGGUUAAUAAGUGGGUUGGAUGAUUGAAAUAGUCCGUUCUACACAUACUUGUGGGGGCUUUUGCAGCACAGAAUCUGUUGCAUGGGUUCUCAUUUGCCUAGUUGAGUCACGGUCAUGUGUUUGGUUUGGGAUAUCUGUCAAAGUUAACACAAUGCUGAGUUUAAAGCAAUCUGAGAUACAAUUUGAAGUUAUUGACAUACAAGGAUAUAGAAUUCGUGCAGGUUCCUCCUCUCCAGUUCACCGAAGAGAUGCAGAUCACCGUUUUGGUUCUGAUUAUAAUUACCUGUCAAGAAGCCGUGGAUUCGGUGGUGGGAGAGAUCCUGGAAGAUAUAGACACCCUUCACCUCCGUAUGGUCGAGGUAGGGUAGGUGGUAGGCCAAUAGGUAGAGCUUUUGAUGGGCAUGGCUUUGUUUCUGGACUUGCUAGAGGGGAAACCAAUGGUAGAAAUAAUCCCAAUGUGCGUCCUAGAGAGGGAGACUGGUUUUGUCCCGAUCCCUUGUGUGGUAAUCUUAACUUUGCGAGGCGUGACCACUGUAACAGCUGUAAUAGAUCUCGCAAUGCCCCUGCUAGAAGUCCCCGAAGGGCUUAUCCUGCACCUCCACCACUUCACGCUCCUCCUAGACGCUAUCCUGGACCUCCCAUUGACCGCUCUCCUGAAAGGACUCUGAAUGGCUAUAGAUCUCCACCUCGUGGGCUGGCAAGAGAUGGCCCUAGAGAGUAUGGAUCUGCUGCUCUGCCACCCCUCAGGCAAGAAAGCAGGUUUCCAGACCCACACGUCCGUAGAGAGCGAAUGGAUUACAUAGAAGAUGCCUAUAGGGGGAGAAACAAGUUUGAUAGAGCACCACCUCCACUGGAAUGGGAUAACAGAGACCGUGGAAGAGAUGCCUUCCCUGAUGAAAGGAAAGGAUUUGAAAGGAGGCCACUGUCACCCCCUGCACCUCUUUUGCCUUCCCUUCCUCACCAUCGCAAUGGUCGGUGGGCUCGUGAUGUGAGAGAGAGAAGCCGUUCUCCAAUAAGAGGUGGCCUACCACCUAAAGAUUAUCGUCGAGAUACAUUUGUCAGCCGUGGAAGAGAUGAUAGGCGUGGUAUGGGACGAGAUAGAAUUGGAGGAAUGUAUUAGUUGCUGGUGUUUAUGUACUUUGUGAUGUAACUAAUAUUAGCUUCAUUAGAUGUGGAGAUGAAGAAUUUGAGAGAUUAGUUCCUGGAUCUUCUGAAUAUUUUUGAGUUUAUCGGUUUGUUUUAUUCUCC